AUGUAUCUUCUGGUUUAUGUUGAUGAUAUUAUUCUGGUUAGCUCCUCCGUUGCAGCUACAUAUCGUCUCAUUGUGGCUCUGAGUUCUGACUUUGCUAUCAAGGAUUUGGGAAAGCUACACUUUUUCCUUAUGCUGGAGGUCUGGUAUCCUGGUGAUGGUCUUGCACUCUCUCAACAGAAGUACUCCCUGGACCUGUUGCGGCAUGCCGGUAUGCUUGAGUGCAAGACUGCCACUACGCCUAUGUCUUCCACUGAGACUCUUUCUGCUACUGAUGGUACUCUGUUGUCUGCUGAUGAUGCGACUGAGUACAGGAGUGUUGUUGGGGGUCUCCAGUAUCUCACCAUUACUUGGCCUAAUGUUCCCUAUGCAGUUAACUGUGUCUGCCAGUAUCUACGUGCACCUCGGGAUACUCAUUGGUCUGCUGUUAAGCACAUCAUGCGCUAUAUGUUCGUUCCACUGUCAUAUAUGGUCUUCACCUUCGGCUCGCACCCUCUGGCAUGCUCUCAACUUUUAGUGAUGCGGAUUGGGCUGAUAAUUACCAACUGUUCGUCAGGCGCGCAGCACGUGACGCCACCAUCGCCCCUGUUCCGUCUCCACGGCCGCGUCUCACAUUCUCCCAUCCCCACCCGCCCGGCGAGCCAACGCGAGGCGCCGCCAGCGGCUAUGCAGGUGGCAGCCUCCUACCGGUGCGCGGCAGCACACCGCCGCGCCGGCGAACCUUCCUCGCGCCCUCUGGUCCCCUCUCUUCUUCUACCCGGCCGCGUUAGCCGUUUCUACGACGCGGCGGCGGUUCCGCUCCGGGUAUGUUCCCCGCCCCUUCCCCGGGCACGCGGCGGCGGCGAUUCCGCGCACCUGGAUGCCAGGAAUGGGGAGGCGUGGCGGCUGAUGCGCGCGCUCGGUCGAAUCCUUCCUGAUCACCAGAACGUAUGCCUGGUAAGAACUGCUGUUCUUUCAACCAUGUCGAUACUCAUCAUGCCUCUUGAGGCAUCAGCACUGACGUGUCAGCCAGCUAAUUCUUUUGCCGAUAUGCCGAUUUUUAUUGCUGUUGCUCUAAUAGGAGCUGCUGUGGGUGGAUUAUUAGCCCGGCAAAGAAAAGAGGAAUUGAAGCGAUUGAAUAAUCAACUUCGUCAGAUUAACACUGCUCUUAGAAGACAGGCACAGAUUGAAUCGUUUGCUCCUGGCCUUACUUAUGCGCCAGUAGGGAGAGCAACAGAAACUGAGGUUAUUGUUGAUCCCAGGAAGCAGCAGUUGGUGGUAAAUUUGAAAAAUGGGAAGAACUACAUGAGGAAUCAAGACCUUGAUAAGGCAGUAACAGAGUUCAGGACAGCUCUAGAGCUCGCGGAAAGCAUAGGGGAUCGCUUUGAGGAGAAGAAAGCUGCACGGGGAUUAGGUGCAUCACUACAAAGGCUGGGACAAUACAAGGAAGCAAUGAGCUGGUACUACAAGGUUCUGGAGCUAUCCAAGGAAACGGGCGAGGAUUCAGGCUGUACCGAGGCAUACGGCGCGAUAGCGGACUGCUACGCGGAGCUCGGGGAUCUGGAGCGAGCCGCGAAGCUGUAUGACAAGUACAUAUCAAGAUUGCAGCCGCACGAUUGAGCGCUUGGCCGCUCUCAGAAAUAAAACUCAGCUUCCUCCUACUGGUUGGUUGGUUGGUUUUCGGCAAGAAGAAAACGUGCUGAUUUUACUCGUCUCUUAGCUUUGUCAGGGCGCUUAAAUUGUUACUCCUGUAUAUAAAUCGCAGUGGCCCAUCUUCUGUAAUCCUUUUCCACGAACUGUUAACUCAGGAACGGUGCGUUGCAGAUGAUCAUAAUCCUGAGUUUUUUUUUUUGUCGCGAAUUAUCAUAUCCUGAGUUACACAUGAAUACAUGAUGCAGUAGCAACUCCA